CAUGCAUGGGGAGCGGCGGUGAGAUACGGCACUACAUUGUGGAGUGCGGAAGAAGACCGAGGCCGGAUCCCCUUCCACACCCUGCUUGUGUGUUGGCUGAAUGGAGGAGGAGAGACUCUUCCUGGUGAAUAAACAGUGACAGCUAUAGGGCAGAUACUGAUACCCAUUUCACACCACGGGCACACACCUUAUCCUUUACGCUUAGACAACACAAAAAUGGCUUCUGACAGUAAACACAUCGCCGCAAUGAAAUCUGAGCUGUACUUCCUAAUAGCCCGAUUUUUGGAAGCAGGACCCUGUCAAAAUGCAGCCGAGGUCCUGAUUAAAGAAGUGGAGGAGAAGGAGCUCCUGCCGAAAAGAAUUGACUGGACGGGGAAGGAACAUCCCGGGACUUACGAAAAUUUGGUUAAGAUUUACAGACAUAUAGCACCAGAUCAUCUGCUGCAGGUAUGCCGAUGUAUUGGCCCUCUUUUGGAAAAAGAGGUUCCAGCAAGUGUUCCUGGAGUGCAGUCUUUACUUGGAGCUGGACGACAGUCUCUGCUUCGUACCAAUAAAAGUUGUAAACAUGUUGUGUGGAAAGGAACUGCUUUGGCAGCCCUACAUUGUGGAAGGCCUCCAGAGCCACCACUAAAUUACGGAAGACCGGCAAAUAUAGCGGAAACUAUUUUUGGAAGAAAGCUUAAUGGAAGUUACAGACUUGGGCAGCUAGUUCCAACUGCUGUUUACCAGCAUAUGAAGAUGCAUAAACGAAUUUUAGGGCACCUGUCUUCAGUCUACUGCAUUACUUUUGACCGUACUGGCAGGAGAAUUUUUACAGGUUCAGAUGACUGUUUAGUAAAAAUUUGGGCAACAGAUGAUGGCCGGUUGUUAGCCACUUUGAGAGGACAUGCCGCUGAGAUCUCUGACAUGGCUGUUAACUAUGAGAACACCAUGAUUGCUGCAGGCAGCUGUGAUAAAAUGAUCAGAGUUUGGUGUCUUCAGACCUGUGCACCACUUGCUGUUCUUGAAGGACAUGGGGCAUCUAUCACAUCAUUGCAGUUUUCUCCAUUGUGUUGUGGCUCGAAAAGAUUUCUUUCUUCUACUGGGGCAGAUGGAUCCAUUUGCUUCUGGCAGUGGGAUUCCAGGACAUUAAAAUUUAGUCAACGGCCAAGUAAAUUUACAGAGAGGCCCAGGCCAGGCGUCCAGAUGAUUUGUUCUUCAUUCAGUGCUGGUGGAAUGUUUUUGGCAACAGGUAGCACAGAUCACAUUAUCAGAGUGUAUUUCUUCGGCUCUGGGCAGCCUGAGAAAAUUUCAGAAUUGGAAUCACAUACUGAUAAAGUUGAUAGCAUACAGUUCUCCAACACUGGUGACAGGUUUGUAAGUGGAAGCCGUGAUGGAACAGCACGCAUCUGGCAACUUCAUCAACAAGAGUGGAGAAGUAUCUUGUUAGACAUGGCUACCAAACUGUCUGGAAAUAACCCUCAAGGUAUGGAAGACAAAGUGACAAAACUAAAAGUCACUAUGGUGGCAUGGGAUUGUCAUGACAAUACUGUUAUUACAGCAGUCAAUAAUCUGACACUAAAGGUUUGGAAUUCUUACACUGGGCAACUUAUACAUGUUCUGAUGGGCCAUGAAGAUGAAGUGUUUGUUCUUGAACCUCAUCCAUUUGAUUCUAGAUUGCUGUUUUCUGCUGGCCAUGAUGGCAAUGCUAUUGUGUGGGAUCUUUCUAGAGGCAUCAAAAUUCGUUCCUACUUCAACAUGAUUGAAGGACAGGGCCAUGGUGCUCUAUUUGAUUGCAAGUGCUCUCCUGAUGGACAACACUUUGCAUGCACAGACUCUCAUGGGCAUCUUCUUAUCUUUGGGUUUGGCUCGAGCAGUAAAUAUGACAAGAUUGCUGAUCAAAUGUUCUUCCACACUGAUUACCGCCCACUUAUACGUGAUGCCAACAACUAUGUUUUAGAUGAACAAACCCAACAGGCGCCGCAUUUGAUGCCUCCUCCAUUUCUGGUAGAUGUUGAUGGAAAUCCUCAUCCUUCUAAAUAUCAAAGACUGGUUCCAGGACGGGAGAAUUGUAGAGAUGAACAGCUUAUACCCCAAAUGGGUGUUACUUCCUCAGGUUUGAAUCAGGUUGUCAGUCAGCAAUCAAAUGAUGGCUCUAGUCCUCUAGAUACCAUGAUCCUGCGCUUGCAACAAGAGCAAGAUCAAAGAAUGUCUGGUGAUGCUGGAAGCAGUGGUUUGAACAGAGGAAGCAGAGGAUCAUUAAGCUCUCCUGCAGAAGUUCACUCGCCUCCUAAUGUUGGGUUACGUCGGAGUGGACAAAUAGAAGGGGUUCGACAGAUGCAUAGCAAUGCACCCAGGAGUGAAAUUGCAACAGAAAGAGAUCUUGUGGCUUGGAGUCGGAGAGUUUUAGUACCAGAGUUGCCUCCAGGUAUAUCCAGCAAGCAAGAAAGAUGGAGGACUGCCAAAGGUGAAGAAGAAAUAACCAUAUACAGAUCAGAGAAGAAAAAAAGAUCUGGUACAAGUAGUGCUAAUAGGGAAUCGAAGAACCAUUAUGAGUCAUUUAAUGAUACUGGAGAAAUGAGGAAGCUACAGACAAAUCAGCAUAACUACCAUACAAGAGCAGCAGUUGAGGAAACAUUAAGACAUGGAGAUACUGCUGAGGAAGAGAAUAGCUCUUCAGAGGAGACUGAAACACGUCCUGCAAGUGCUGAAACAUCAGAGGAAGAAAAAUGGCCAAGUGACAGCAGCAGCUCAAGUGACUACUCAAGCGAUUAUUCUGAUUGGACUGCAGAUGCUGGCAUCAACCUUCAACCACCAAAGAAAGCAGUCAGACACAAAAAAAAGAAAAGUGCAAGCAGUUCAGAAGAGGAUGGGGAGAAGAAGAAAGAGAAAGAAAGCAAAAAAGAGAAGAGAAGAGAAAAGCGAGAGAAAGAUGGUGCCUUACCAAAGAAAAAGAAACCAAAGGAAAAAAAGCGAAAAAGGUUACCAACUGGAGAAUUUCAGGAUCAAGGGCUGACAUUGGAAGAGUGGCUGCCUUCAUCAUGGAUUACAGAUACAGUUCCAAGGAGAUGCCCUUUCAUACCACAGAUGGGGGAUGAGGUAUAUUAUUUCCGUCAGGGCCAUGAAGCAUAUGUGGAAAUGGCUCAGAAAAACAAGAUUUACAGUAUUAACCCUAAAAAGCAGCCCUGGCACAAAAUGGAGUUGCGGGAGCAAGAAUUAAUGAAGAUUGUUGGCAUAAAAUAUGAAGUGGGACUUCCCACACUUUGCUGUCUGAAACUGGCUUUUCUUGACCCUGAUACUGGUAAACUUACUGGAGGAACUUUUUCAAUGAAAUACCAUGAUAUGCCAGAUGUUAUUGACUUCUUAGUUCUUAGGCAGCAAUUUGAUGAGGCAAGGAAUCGCCAGUGGACAAUAGGGGAUCGCUUCCGUUCUGUGAUUGAUGAUGCCUGGUGGUUUGGAACAAUUGAAAGCCAAGAACCAUUCCAAUCUCAGUAUCCAGAUAGCUUAUUUCAGUGUUACAAUGUCUGUUGGGACAAUGGAGAUACAGAAAAAAUGAGUCCUUGGGAUAUGGAAAUAAUUCCCAAUGAUGCGGUUUUUCCAGAUGAAUUGGGUUUGAGUGUACCACUAACUGAAGAGGAGCACCGACAGCUACUGUAUAAACCAUUAGAAGGAGAAUGGGGUUCCCAAACUAGAGAUCAGGAAUGUGAAAGGAUCAUUGUAGGAAUCAACCAAUUAAUGACACUAGAUAUUGCAGCUCCAUUUGUUUCUCCCGUGGAUCUUCUGGCAUAUCCUACAUACUGCACUGUGGUGGCAUACCUCACUGACCUCAGUACAAUAAAAGAAAGACUGGAAAACAGAUUUUACAGGCGUAUGCUGUCUUUAAUGUGGGAAGUCCGAUAUAUUGAACACAAUGCACAGACUUUCAAUGAGCCAGGAACCCCUAUAGUAAAAACAGCCAAGUUUGUUUCAGACCUAAUGCUGCAGUUUAUCAAAGACCAAAGCUGCACUGAUAUCAUUCCACUCUACCGUAACAUGAAAAAGAAAACCUUCUCAGACUCUGAAGAAGAGGAUGAAGAUGAUGAUACUGAUGCUCCAGGUACUUCAGCUAAGAAAAAGAAGGAACAUAAACCUAUAAGGAAACUACGAAAUAAAGCCCAGUCGUAUGAUAUCAAUGCUUGGAAGACACAGUGCAAAGAAUUGCUUGAUUUAAUAUUUCAAUGUGAGGACUCUGAACCAUUUAGGCAACCAGUUGACUUGGAAGAAUAUCCGGAUUAUAGGGACAUCAUUGACACUCCAAUGGAUUUUGGUACAGUAAGAAACAAACUUAAUUGUGGAAAUUAUGAAUCACCAACAGACCUGUGCAAAGAUGUCAGGCUCAUAUUUAGUAAUUCAAAGGCAUACACCCCCAGCAAAAAGUCAAGGAUUUACAGCAUGAGUUUACGUCUUUCUGCUCUGUUUGAAGAACAUAUUAGUGUUAUCCUCUCUGACUAUAAAUCCGCCCAACGAUUUCAAGCAGCAAAUAAGCUAACAAGACAAAGGAAGAGAGGAAGAAGAAGAAGCUCUUCUCAUUCCAGUAGUGCUACAUCAAGCCCUGAAAGGAAGCGCAGGUCUGUGAAAGUGCCCCUGAAGCCAGAGCCUUCUACCUCAUCUCAAUCUCCAGCAGCCUCACGUCCAACAACUUUACGUAAUGUUACACCCAAACUGCCAGCUGCUCAGUUAAAUGGGAAGACUGUGGACACUGCAGCAAUAAUACGCACAAGGAGUGCCAGACGUUUUGGCAGCCCUUUUGAUGCAGAACAAGCUUUAGCAUCCUCUGUAGCUAAAUCAUCUGCUUCAAAAAAUAACGCAACACUUAGUGUCCAUCGCAAACCAGUAAUGGAAAAUCUCAACAAGCACCUGAAGUCCCCAAGCACUGCAUCUAAUCCAAACAUUUUUGGUGAACAGCACAAUAACAGACGCUCCUCUACUCCAGAGACUGUUGGAAGAAAAAAGAAAAUAACCCGAAAAUUGAAAAUGCCAUUAAAUCAAUCACAGAUGAAUUCAAGAGGGAGUGAGAGAAUGGAGAACAUUGUACAGCUCAAUGGACACAGUACACAUAUACCAAAUUAUGUUGCCAAAAGAGGCCGAAAACCAAAAGCAGAGACUAUUGCAAAUAAGGAACAGGCUGUCCAAUCAGAGCCAAUUGUGAAGCCACCAGGCAAGAAACGGGGACGCAAAAGCAAACAAGAAUUAGAGGCUUUACGUGCUAGUAGACUUCAGAGUACAACAGAGGAAGAGAAGGACCAUUCUGUUUCAGAUGAGGCUGGUACUUCUUCUGCUGGAUUUGAUGUUAAUAUGAAUCAAGGGCAUUUGCAAAAACCUAAGUCACGCCGUGGAAGGAAACCAAAAAGCAUGAAAAAAUUGCCAUCUCCCCCUCCCAUGCCACCUGCUAUGAGCCCAAAGAUGCAGACAAGGAGUAGCAAAAGGCAGACUGAGCAGUCUGUGGGUUUUACAGGGGAGACAUUAAGAACAGAGGUUGAAACCAUUGAGCAGAGCAACGAUAGUGAAGAGAAAGGUGUCAAAUUUCCCAUGAAGACCAGAAAUCAAGGUCGAAGGACAGCAUUUUACAAUGAGGAAGACUCUGAGGAAGAGCAGCGGCAACUCCUGUUUGAAGAUUCUUCUUUGACUUUUGGGACUUCCAGUAAGGGACGUGUUCGUAAGCUGACUGAAAAGGCAAAAGCGAAUCUAAUUGGCUGGUAAAUGGGACAAAAGAAAACCUGCAACCUUUAUAAAUAUAUUGGUUUCUUUUGCUUUUUCAGAUCCAGGUAAAGCAAAUGCUAUGGCACUUGAGGACACUGCUAACUUUGCUGCUAAUUUUGUACAUUCAGUGGUAAAUAUUCACAUUAUGGGACCAAAACUGGGCAUUUUGCCCAAUCUUUCGUAGUAAAUAUUUCCUUUUUGUUCUUAAUACUACACAAUUUUUAAAUAUGAUUGUUGUAAAGAUCCAGUGUAAAGUUUUUAUAAUGAAAGGUUUCACAAAGUUUUUAGGUACAAGAAGAAUGUGGACAUCCUAAUUCAUUCAAAUGAAUUAGAGAAAAAGGAGUAUUAAUAGAAAAACAUGCUUAUUUUAGUAGUGGAGAUGACACUGUUUUUCUUAUACAAAGGACCACAAUAUUCAAGACACCUCAUUUCAAGAAUUUUUGUUUUCCAUGAAUUUGUUAUAAUAUAGGAAGGCCCUUAAGAGUAUCCAGCAUUGCAAAUUACUUGUUUCUUCCAGAGUACUCAUUGCCUUUGCAAGACAUCUGCAGCAUUCAGGCUAUUUGUUCUGUUGCCUUUGGAUCAGUAUAAAUUUACAAUUUUCAAGAUCUCCUGUGAUAUUGUACUAGUUCUCUGAAGGAUGGUGAUGUGUAAUGAUCUGUGAAAACCAACCCACUUGCUUCUAUUUUAAAGAUAAAGUCCACAGUCAGAUAAUCAAAAGUAAUCUUAUUUUUAUUUAAACAUUUUAGUGUAAAAAGUAUAUGUUUUAUUUUAUCUGCUUAUUUUAAGUUUUAUAUGCUGUCAUUCAGUACAUUUUUAUGAUGACUAUUUUGGAAUGAUGUUCAAUAUUUUAUGCUUUUUAUAGAAACAAUAUUAGGGGGGAAUAGCUACUUGGUGUUACACUCCUGUAUUACGUAUUACACUCCUGUAUUACUUUUCUGAUGAUGAACCUUUAAUGUUAAGUUCAGGUUGGACUUACCCUUGGUGCCUUGUCUUGAUCAAAGUCUGCAAUUUGUCCUUAUAAAGUAAACAAAUAUAAUUUGGUAUAAUACCUAUAUCCAGGAGUUAAUAUAUGUAGAAAUCAGGAUGUGAUGAAACUUACUAUCUUCUGGUCUGUACUGAAGUGGCAUAGUCAACACUUAACGCUCAUGCUGGUAUUUGGGGUUUUGAGGAAUAUGGCUUAGUUCCUCCCUUUAAAAUGUUAUAGCCAAGGGAAGAUUGUUUUACAAGAUCAUAUAUUCUGUGAUGACUUUUGAGAGUGUGAGUAUUUUCCAGUCAAAGAUUUACUGACAAAAUGGGCUCAGUGUUGCACAGCUUGGAUUUUUCUCUAGUGUAUGAGUGCCAAAAUGCACUUCACAAUGAUUUAUACUGUUUGCCAAUCCAAAGUGCCAGCAUGGAUCCAUAAUGUCCAGAGCACCAAUUAUGCAGUAAGGAAGGUGGUGCUGUUUUGUGAGUUAUACAUACUGUAAGAGAAACCGAUUAUGGAAAGGUUAAUAUAAAACUGAUAUAUGCCCAAGAAGCAUUGUUUAUAGGUGAACCCAAGCAAUUUGCAGGAGCAGGCUUCUGUAACUAGGUUCUUGUACUUCUGAUACGCUUGCUUUAAUUAUAUGAUGUGAAACUUCAAGCAAAAAUUGUCAGCUGAAAAGUGAAAAAAGGUGAUAAAUAUAAAUGAUUUAAUAGUAUCGUUAAGUCUUUCUUAGAUUAAGUAUCUUCAUUUUCAAAGUUAUGGAAAACAAAUAUACAUUUUUCAGUUAUAUUAUUUUGCCUCAGUAUUCCGUUUAAAUGUUUUCAGAACUACUGUACUUCUAAUUUCAAAGCUAAGUUCUGGCAUUGGAUUUUUCCUUAGUACAGUAUACAUGAAAAAUCAUUGUUUUACCAGAAAUAAUUAUACCACAGAACACUACAUUUGGUCCCACUUUCUAAAUGUUUUUUCUUUUUUUGGUUAAUCCCUAACAAAUUUGACAUUUAAAAAGGACAGUUUAAUGGAAUUUCUGAACACCCACUCAUCUGCUUUAUUCAGAACAAAUACGAACUGCUAACUAGGUUGCUGGAUAACAGUAGCCCUGGUGUACCAAACA